UUAAACGCUCGUUUGAUCGAUAGACUGGAAUAUAUUUCAAAAGAAUAAAAAAAGUAAAUCCAGUUUACAAGAAUCAUAGUUGAGAUGCGGCUUCUUCUUUAUGUCACAGCUAAUAUUUUUUUGGCUUUACUUGUCAAAGGCGGUGCUUUACCUGAUGCGUGUUUUGUACGUUCCGAUCCAUCACAAGGAUUGGUGAGAAGUUACCGGCUUUACCUUAUUUCGAAGUCGAAUGAGUGGUUUCAACAAACCGAUAUCAACUCUGAUGAAAUGGUAACAAAAGAUGACUUUCUAGAACUUGAAAAGAAAAUUUACAACGAUGCUGAUAAGUUUGUCAUAAAGAUCCUAAAAGAGAGAAUUAUCGAGUUAUGGAAAACAGUUUUUUUAAGUGGCCAGUCAAAAAUCUCGAAUAGUGAGUUUGUAAAGAAGAUGACACAACAAUAUACAUCAAACAACAAGGACUUCAUUGAGGAAGUACGUGAAUUUGAUUUGACAAUAUGUAAAAUAAUAGACAUAGACAGUACCUUGUCAUUAACAGCAGAAGAGUUUACAAAUGGCCUUGCUGCAUCAGGAAUCGAUAACACGAGUGAAGAUUGGGACUAUUUUUGGAUUACAUGUAGCAGUGACAAUGACAUAAAUACGCUUAAUGUUUGCAAAUCAAAUGAGUUUUUUUAGUCAAAAUCGGAUUUUUUCCAAAAACGAUUACGAAUCAGACAGUUAAAAAAUGUGGCUUUAAAAGAUUCAAAUGCUGCAUGGUAAACAUUUUUUGAAAUAAAUGGAA